CAAAAUGCUGACAGCUUAAAACAUACAUUUCAGUUUGGAAACAUUUGAGAGCCAGUACACAUGUGUUUUACCUAACUAACUAUACGGAAUAUUAGUAUUGCAUAUGUGCAUAAGUGUGUGUAUAAAACAGAUGUAGAAAUACAUACAUAUGUAAUUUUUUAGAUUAGAGCGCGCUGUUGUUUGGUUGGAAAACAAAAAACAUUUUUUGUUGUAUGUAGGUACAAAAAAUUAAAACAAAAUGGAUAAAGUGAGUAGUUUUAUUUUUUUGUGGAUUAUUAUUAACUUACUAAUACAAUUAUUUGAUUUAUUGCAGUUAAUUUGGCCAAAGGAAGCGAUUCUGGAAAUGAUUGCAAUGUGGAAAAAUAAUGAGUGUCUGUACAAUCCAAGGAAUAGAUUUUAUCACAAGAAGAAGUGCAGAAAUGAUGUGUUAACUGAGAUAGCAGAAAGGAUGAAGGCAUAUAACAUAAAAGUUGGGCCAAACCAGAAUAAACUUCAGUAUUUGCGUGGACAGUUUACUCGGGAGCUUGCCAAAGCCAGAGAAUCUCAAAAUGCAGUAAAUCCAGAUGAUGUAUAUGUCCCAUGUACCUACUGGUUCAAGGAGUUAGAUUUCUUGCUUGACUAUGUAAAAGUAAGAAAAGAAAAGUCCAACUUCAAUUCAUUGCAACAACACUAUUCACAGUUUGAGGAGGACACUUAUGAAUCAUCGCAAGCUCAUGAAAGCGAUGUAUCUGCAGAAGAACCAAUUAAAAAAGUCAAACGAAGACAUCAUACGCCGGUAGCAAGCUGCAGCAUGAAAAACGAAGAGGUUGUAGUGGAACCAGAAGUCAAUGUCCUGCCACAUGUAUUCAGUGUCAAUAAGACUUCUUCGAAUGAAAAGGAUGAAGCUUUUUGUAAUUUUAUCAAAUCGGAACUACAAACUAUUACUAAUGAAAAUGUAAGGGAUGAAUUGGUAGAGACUAUCACGUUAGCGCUAUUCGAAGCCAAGAAGAAACAACGCAUGUAUGCCCACGCAGCGGAGCAAUAUUAUUGAUUUCAGUCCAAUUUUAGAGUUAUACUUCCGUAAUAUUAUUUUAUAUCAGUUGAUUUGAAGUGAGUUUAGUAAAUGUGAGUUGUGCUAAUUUAAUUGCGAAUCUUAAAAUCCUUUUUCAAAAAAAUGGAUGUGAGCAAAUAUCGAUUUCGUUGUGUGCUUGGGUUUUGUAUAAUUUUUUUUUAUAAGUUAAAAUAAACCGAAAAUUUUCGUGUAA